AUGAACAUACACUACCUGACCUCAUCGCACACGAAUCCACACUUCUACAUAUUUACACAGCUCUUUGAGGCUGAACACACGGAUGGCGAUGCGCUCGAUCUGAGCUGCAAUUGGAAGGGCAUAAAGGAGUCGAGUUGGCAAGAUUUCUGGCAGCGCGAGGGCCCCCAGCUGCUGGAGGAGAAGUGGAACAAGAGGUUUCCCGAAUACAAGGCUAUCGAAGCUGACGAGGCGGAGAAACUCCACUGGCUGCAGCUCUGGGAGGAGCAUGUAAAAGACCAAGUUAAUCGCCUCUGGCACUUAUUCAGCUGCGCCUUUGAGAACUAUCAGCAUGAGCUGUUGAAAUCUUUUGCGCCGAUUACUACAGAGGAUCUAGAUGAAGUUGAUGAAGAACUGGAGCAGCUAGAUUUAAGCGAAACCCAGCCAGAGUCUACACAUAACCAAAAGAAAGAUAUCUUCGCGGAAGAUGAGCCCUAUUUGAGUGGCAACGACGACCCCGAAUAUAUGGAAGAGAAGAAACAGAGUGAACUUCAAUCCAGCAUUUACGACGAAACCGAAGAUAUUGAAGAGGCGAAGCUGCGUGAACUUCUCGGCCUACCAGUCUCGUUUGGCCCUCAGCCCAAACGCCGCCAACCAAGAGUUGAGCAGAAUUCCAGCAAUUACGACAACGCUGAAGAUUUUGAAGAGGAGGAAGAGGAGGAGGUGGAGCGUAAACCUAUGGGCCUGUCAGCGUCCAAUAACUCUAAAAGUCGAGAGCCCGCAACAAAGGAGUGGUUUGAGCAGGAUUUCUACAGUUUAGCGAACUGGGACAUGACCAGCGACGAGGAACCAGAAACAGAAGCCGAAGCGCUGCACGCAGUGCUUAACGGCUUCAUUAAAAAGAAAAAGCCAAAGAAGAAGAAGAAGAAGACCAGCGAUCUGGUAGAUCAGAUGCCCGACUUCAUAAAGGAGAACAAAGGCAAGCUGUUCAAGUACUGGCGGAAGCGAUUCUCGCUGUUCUCGCGCUUCGACCAGGGCAUCCGCUUGGAUCGCGAGAGCUGGUUCUCCGUGACACCAGAGAAGAUUGCCAAGCAGACGGCUCGUCGUCUGGCCUGCGACGUGAUCCUGGACGCCUUUUGUGGUUGCGGCGGCAAUGCUAUUCAGUUCGCUUUCACCUGCGCUCGCGUCAUUGCCGUCGACAUUGAUGCCGAGAAGCUGGCCAUGGCCAAGCACAAUGCUCGCAUCUACGGGGUGGCCGAUAAGAUCGAAUUCAUUCACGCAGACUUUUUGCAGCUUGCAGCCAGCACCAAACUCCGUCCGGACGUGGUGUUCUUCAGCCCGCCCUGGGGCGGUCCCAACUACAUAAAUCAGGCAACAUUUGACAUCGAGCGCAGUCUGCUGCCUGUAAGCGCCAGCCUUCUGAUGGGGCUUGGCCGUCGCCUCGCCGACAACGUCGGCUUCUUUCUGCCCCGCAAUACCAGCAUAAGCCAGGUGAUUGCUCUCAGCGGCGCAGGUCAGCAGUGUGAGGUGGAGCACAACUUUCUGGAUACGCGCCUGGUGGCCCUGACAGCCUACUUUGGCAAUGGAUUAAUCAAAAAUAAAUAGACUACAAUUAAGAAUAAGCAAAACCUAGUAGGAAAACAGAAAACUUUUCAUUAGUUCGUUUUUAGAGAUUAAGGAAAUGCAAGGAGCACUUUUCAGUGAAGAAUUUUAAUUAUGUUUCUAACUGUAGAAGUAGUUGCACAGGUUUAUGUUUACUUAGUUGUAGCGAGCAUCCAAACUCGUUCCGGAAUCCUUCAUCGGCUAAAAGUUGUAUAUUAGUUGCGUACUCCACGGUUUUUCUUCAAUGAGAAAUGAAUACUUGCAGUUAUAUUAAAGUAGUCUUUAAGUCAAUUAUAGUUAUUAAUUGGAGGUUAAAACCACAAACCAUACAAAUAUGAGCUUGUUUUUAAGUUGUGACAAAAUUUGUAAGAAACGCAGCGUAUUCCUAAUUUGUCUUGUAUCAACGUAGCUCUUCUCUUAUUACUACAGUUUGUAAUUUUUAGUUUGUGUAGAUUAAUGUCUACAUUCGGUUAAGAACGAAAUUCUAUAUCCUAUGUCUUAUAAUCAUUGACUCUUUCAAAGUGCAACUGAAGCACAAAACAAACUUUUAUUUUUCUGUUGGCUUCCCACAAACAAGGGUACCUUUUAUGUUUUGCCGUAAGUUUACGUUUCUCUCUUUCCCUGCAACAGGCUGAGGAUAAAACUUGACUAAUGAAUAAAGUCCGAAUCCUAUGUAACGAACAGC